AUGCCUCCAUUUGAUAUUUCUUUUCAGUUUAUAGAAACGUCGAACAGACCAUGGGACCAUCACUCAUGCUCAAUGGCUAGCGUGAGACGUUUCACUUCGCAAACAGGCAAAGUAGAUAUAUGCAUAGUUUCAGAACACUUCACACAAAGAGUUACUGCGUAUUUUUUAGGCAUGGUGUUAAGUGGAGGUAGUUUGCAUAGCUGCUGUUUAAGGAUGCAAAUGCAUGAUGUUUUCUUUAUCGCAAAUAGUCUUAUACCACGUUGCACAG